GCGGUAAUUGAGGUAAUAUGUGCAUGUAGUUAGAGUUAGUGACUGCAUAGAUCAAUUGUGAGUAGCAGCAGUGUAAAAGAGGGAGGGGGACAAUGCAACUCGUCUGGGUAGCCAUUUGAUUAGAUGUUCAGGAGUCUCAUGGUUUUGUUUGUAAGAGCUUUUGGGAAGCUUUUUGGACCCCGACUUGGUGCUCUGUUUCCUCUUGCUGUGCGGUAGCAUAGAGAACAGUCUAUGACUCAGGUGGCAGAAGUCUCUCAAUUUUUAGGGCCUUCCUCUGACACCGCCUGGUAUAGAGGUCCUGGAUGGCAGGAAGCUUGGCUCCAGUGAUGUACUGGGCCGUACUCACUACCCUCUGUAGUGCCUUGCGGUCGGAGGCCAAGCAGUUGAAAAACCAGGUAGAGAAGCAACCAGUCAGCUCUUUUCAGUCUCCAGAGGGGGGAGGGGUUGGUGGUGUUAUGAUCAAAGUACAUUUUGUAUGGAAAUGUUUCAUUCAAUUGUGGACCAAAACUUGGUUGUCUAUCAUUACAUGUCAUGUUUAGCAACUAAUAAGAGCAUCUCAUCAAAUAAGAUUCUGAACUACUAAUUUCAUUAUAAGGGACCCUUUAUUUCUAGGUUAUAAGAAAGUGUCAUAAAAAAAAAUAUAAGAUUAUCAAAUGUGCAUGUGGCAACAACAUUUUACUAUGAUAGAUCCGAUCUUUGGCUCAGAUGUGAGAUGGCAUCUGGGGCACCGGGCCACACACUUUUUUUUGGCACUAGCCGUUGUUUGGCCCGUAGACCUACCUACUGUUCUCCCUGCAACAGCAAAAAUGUAGUGUUGCAUUUUGAUGAGCGCCGCCAGUCGUGGAACUCUGCAGCACACACACACGGUGUGCAGCAAACGAUUUGCGGAAGUGAGGUACCCCAUUCUGCAGCAGGUGACUGAGCAGCACAAUGAAACGUCAGUAGUCUCCCUCCGUAGCAUGGCCACGUCACGUUCCUCACGCGUCACAAGGUCAUCAGUCGGGCUCAAUGGAUUGGACGAGAACUUCUGUGGCCGAACCCUCAGGAACCGCAGUAUUGCCCAGCCGGAAGAGGUUCAGGGGUCACCGCUCCCCGGCAGCAGGGCUCCCCGCUCCCCCAAGAAGAGACAGGACACCCAGGCUGGGAGCUCAGAGAAGCCUGGGGGUCACCAGGGAAAGGUAACCCACCACAAGGCCUCCUCAGUGGACAGGGAGACAUGGCCGAGCCCCAGGAAGAGGGGACUGUCCUGCUCAGAGAGAGAGAGUGAUGGGUGUGGGGGUUUGGACCAGGCUGAGAACUGUGAGGGGAGGGGGAAGGAGACGUCGGGGGCUGGUGGGAGAGAUGCUUCUCUGCUCCUCAAAAGGGCCAAACGGUGUUCCCGUCACGGGGAGUCGCAGGGCCCCGAGGACGACCCCUCUUCUGCAACCGCCAAACCUGACAUCCCCCCAUCCUCCUGCACCCCCCCAGCGACUGUCAAGGAGAACAGUGAAGAGGGUGACCCGCUCAACCUAAUCUGCACCGCACCCUCUUCCUCUUCUCCACAGAACCUCAACAAAGAGGAAGGUGAGGAGGAGGAGGACAGCGGCGGCGAUAUUGAGAGCGACGGCCAUGCUCAGCAGCCCCUGAACUCCACUUCCCAUAAUCCCCCUGUUCCGCCCCAGAACUCGAACUCCCAUAAAUCCUCUACUGGGCUGGGACAGACCAGCAGUAGCUUUGACGCUCAGACAAUCCCCCCGGGUGCCAGCGCUGCCGUUAACACCAGCUGCCCAGGUCCCAGUCCCGCACUGCUGAACGGCGGCCAGAUGGGGGCGCCCUGCCCCUCGCCCCCAGACCCCAUAGUGCCUUGUAGAAACUGUGAUCCUGUGCAGGAGGAGGAGGAGGAGGUUAGGGACUCUGGGGAGUAUUCUGCUCCUCCUCUGGCCUCCUUUGAAGAGGACUCCUCCACCCCACACCUGUCAGUCAGGGAGGAGGAAGUGGAGUUGGAUGUAGUGGGGGACUCGGUGUGUCAGGAGGAGGAAGUGACAGCGACCGAGGAGGAGGAAGAGGAGGAGGAGGAGAGUACCAACGGGAGAAGUAAUGGUUGGCCACUGGUGCAGGAUGCUGUUGCCACCAGUAUCAUCAACGUAAACCACAACAUCCCAAACAACAACAUCAACAACUCAGGAGAAUCCACCAUGCCUUUGCUAGCCCCCCAGACCCCCUCAGAGACCCCUUCUGUCUCCGGCACUUCGCCCCCGUCUUUCACCCAACCCCACGAACACCAAUACACCCUGAGGACUUCGCCCCGGAGAGCUGGGGCCCCCUCGUCCCCCAAACCCUGCUCCCCUCCCAGAGACCCUCUUCGGGACAACGGUCCUCUGAGAGAGGGGGCCUGUCGGAGGCUGGAUCUGGACGCUACUCUGGCUACUUCUACCCCUUCUUCAGGUCCCUCCAGCACCCAGGCCAGGGGAGGGUCUCUCCCAUCUCUUGUGUCAGUUCCCAUGGAGCAGGGAGCCGGUGGGGAUGACACGGACAGGGUAGUAGGGGACGGUCGGGACUACGGGGAGCUCCGAGAAGGCGUCCGGGCAGCCAGUAAGGAGGUUCCGGUUGGAGGAAGCCAGCAGCGGGAGGAGGAGAAGCAGGUGGAGGACGAAGAGGAACCAGAUGUGUAUUACUUUGAGUCGGACCACCUGGUGCUCAAACACAACAAAGAUUACCAGAGGUUACUCCAGACUGUAGGUGUGUUGGAGGCCCAGAGAACUCAGAGUAUACUGGACUUGGAGCGUCUGGCCAGACAGCAGAGAGAAGCUCUCCAAGACCCGGUCAGCUUUGUAGAGCAGCUGCAGGAACAGGUGGAACUGGGCAUGCCGCGGCCCCAGAGAGUGGUUCAGCUGCCAGACAUCUCAUGGGACCAGUACACGUCAGGACUGGGAGACUUCGAGAGGGAGUUCUGUGACAAGAAACGCAAAACCAGGAGGCUCAAACUCAUAUUCGAUAAGGUCAGGUUACCAGACCGACCAAUCAGCCCCUUGGAUCCCAAGGACAAGGAGGGUGAAUCGUCGACCCUGUACUCUGCUCUGCCCUCUAGUGAUGCUCUGGAGAACAGCAGCAACUCACAGAUGAUCCGAGGGCGGCUGUGUCACCAGAGUAAACCUGACACCUUCAACCAGCUGUGGACCGUGGAAGAACAGAAAAAGCUGGAGAAUCUCCUACUGCAGUUUCCUCCUGAGGAGGUGGAGUCUAAACGCUGGCAGAAGAUAGCUGACGCCCUGGGCAACAGGACCGCUAAACAGGUGGCCAGCCGCGUACAGAAGUACUUCAUCAAGCUGACUAAAGCAGGAAUCCCUGUUCCUGGGAGGACCCCUAACAUGUGCAUGUACAGCAAGAAGGUGUCCAAUAAGAGGCAGCACCACCUGAACAAGCACCUGUACCGACCGUCUACCUUCCUGACCUCAUAUGAGCCUCCUGUCUUUAUGGAAGAAGAGGAUGAGAGAGCGGCCUACUACAGCUCCCUGCAGGACCCCGAUGGAGACGACACGGAUGAGGAGGGUGUACCUGUGGAGUUGAGACACCUGCCGGAGUACAAGGAGCUUCUGGAGCUGAAGAGAAUGAAGAAACACAAACUGCAGGAGAUCCAGGCUGAGAGUAGCAUGGCCCUGCACCAUGGAUACAAGUGUGACGUGUGUGGUGUGGAGCCUAUCCAGGGCGUGCGGUGGCAUUGUCAGGACUGUCCCUCAGACAACGCUGUGGACUUCUGUUCCAACUGCUCCGACUGCCUGUACAAGACUGAGAGCCACACGCCAGACCACCAUCUGGAGCCUGUCCAUCACCAUGAGACCUUCCUAGACAGGGACUACUGUCUGGCUCAGACCCCUGGAUAUAACUACCUGGACCCCAACUACUAUCCUGCUAACAGAUGACGGGGGCCACAGACUGGCCCCUGAACUCCAGCCUAUGCCUCAGCCCAGGGGCCAUAGUUUUAGUUACACACGAAGGGUCCCUAGCAUCCAGGUCCCAGGGGCCACAGUCACCCAGCCUCAGCCCACACAGCUAGCCUACUACAACAGCUAGCCUCCAGAUCCCAGGGGCCACAGUCACCCAGCCUCAGCCCACACAGCUAGCCUCAGUCAGCUAGGCUACGACAGCUAGCCUCCAGAUCCCAGAGUUCACAGUUUCAGCUACACCCCAGCGGCCCCUAGCCCCAGACUCAACCUACAGCAGCAACCAACUGGUAGUGUGUGGCUCAUGGCGCCAUGGCUCAUGGCUCUGUCUCUCAGACCCGAAUCUAGAUGGUUCUCACACCAGCUACUCUGCUCACCCUGCCCUGCUAGCCCAGCAGACUGGCAGGAAUCCCAUUGGUGGUGGUGGUGGGGAGGUGAAACUGGCUGCCCAGCAGACUCCAUUUUGGCUCUAAGAAGAGGUCUGGGACACGCUCACUUCUCUGACCGGUUACCAUAACAACCAACAAACUGAACAGAACAGUCUCUGAAAAAUAUACGAAAAAAUAACACUAUAAAAAAAUAAAAAAUAUGAAAAAGGCACACCGACAUUCCUGACCGCCAAGAAAGACUCAAGGAGGGCCUUCUUCCUCCUCUCCCCCAUACCUCUGUGUGCUGCUUGUUAACCUGGGGUGUGUUGAUGGUAGUGUGGGGGUCUGGUUGAUGAGUGAAUAUGUUCCUCGAUAGAUAUUUGUCAUUGAGUAUUUCUGGUGAAUCAAGCCUCUUCUGUUGUGAACUGGAGGCGGGGUUGAGAAAGGAGCUUGAUGCUGAUGAGAGGCGUGUCUUUCAUUCCUACUAGGUUUUAAACCAAUCAGAAGACAGGCAUUUUCUGAUGUAACCCACACAGCGGGUGUUGUCAGAUGAAGCCAUGGUAACGGACCCCUGACACACCUCCACCUUACGUCUCCAUAGAGAUAAUGUCAGCCAGCAGCUAGUCACCUCUGUCACUCUCCCCUCUUCUAUCUUCUCUUCCCUCUCUCUCCUCUCUUCUCCCUCACCUCUCUCCUCUCUUCUCUUCUCCCUCAACUCUCUCUCUUCUCUUCCCUCUCUCCUCUCUUCUCCCUCACCUCUCUCCUCUUCUCUUCUCCCUCAACUCUCUCUCUUCUCUCUCCUCUCUUCUCCCUCACCUCUGUCUCCUCUCUUCUCCCUCACCUCUCUCUCUUCUCCCUCACCUCUGUCUCCUCUCUUCUCCCUCACCUCUGUCUCCUCUCUUCUCCCUCACCUCUCUCUCUUCUCCCUCACCUCUCUCUCUUCUCCCUCACCUCUCUUCUCUCUCCUCUCUCUCUCUUCUCUUCCCCCUCACCUCUCUCUCCUCUCUUCUCUCCUCUCUCUCUCCUCUCUUAUCUCUUCCCCCUCACCUCUCUCUCUCCUCUCUCUCCUCUCUUCUCUUCUCUCUCCUUCUCCUCUCUUCUCUUCUCUCUCCUUCCUCUCUCCUCUCUUCUCUCCUCUCUCUCACCUCUCUUCUCUUCUCCCUCACCUCUCUCUCUUCUCUUCUCCCUCACCCCUCUCUCUUCUCUUCUCUCUCCUCCCUCUCUUAUCUCUUCCCCCUCACCUCUCUCUUCUCUCUCUCCUCUCUUCUCUUCGCUCUCCUCCCUCUCUCCUCUCUUCUCUUCUCUCUCCUUCUCUCUUCUCUUCUCUCUCCUUCCUCUCUCUUCUCUUCUCUCUCUCCUCUCUCUCUCUUCUCUUCCCCCUCUUCUCUCUUCUCCCUCACCUCUCUCUUUCUCUAAAAUCUGUUCAGUCGCCAACGGAGAAGCACUAGAGCACAGAGAGCUGAUGGAAGACUUGUGAAUCUUAAACUUGUGAUGAAAAAUGAAAAUAUAUUGUUUUUCUUUUCAAUGUGUUUGAUGCUGUUGUUUGAUCAGGUGGUUAAUCAUGUAGUUGAUCAUGUGGUUGAUCACAUGCAGAAAGUAUAAUAAUAGUAGCCCAGUGGUAACUACGACGACAACGUAAAGCUAGUUGCCAUCUGUGGCCAUUUUUUUUUUUAUGAAUCAAUCACACCUCUGAACCCCUGGACUCGAACCUUGACCUUCAACCCCUGACCUCUAUUCAACUGCCCCAUCAGCAAGCCUCUAGAUAAGGAGUAGACCACCCUGUUCCAACGAGGCACCACACCUGACCAACUGAGGUAAUUGAUCAGUUCAGUGAUCUAUUCAACACAGCUGGUAUUCCAGGACGGUUAAAUCAAAAACAUGAAGUGGCUCCAGGAUCAGGGAUCAGCCUACCCUUGUGUUAGAUCCUCUAAGUCAGGGUUAUCCAACCACUGUCCAGGGUUGCCUACCCUUGUGUUAGAUCCUCUAAGUCAGGGUUAUCCAAACACUGUCCAGGGUCGCCUACCCUUGUUUUAGAUCCUCUAAGUCAGGGUUAUCCAACCACUGUCCAGGGUCGCCUACCCUUGUGUUAGAUCCUCUAAGUCAGGGUUAUCCAACCACUGUCCAGGGUCGCCUACCUUUGUUUUAGAUCCUCUAAGUCAGGGUUAUCCAAACACUGUCCAGGGUUGCCUACCCUUGUUUUAGAUCCUCUAAGUCAGGGUUAUCCAACCACUGUCCAGGGUCACCUACCCUUGUGUUAGAUCCUCUAAGUCAGGGUUAUCCAACCACUGUCCAGGGUCGCCUACCCUUGUGUUAGAUCCUCUAAGUCAGGGUUAUCCAACCACUGUCCAGGGUUGCCUACCCUUGUGUUAGAUCCUCUAAGUCAGGGUUAUCCAACCACUGUCCAGGGUUGCCUACCCUUGUUUUAGAUCCUCUAAGUCAGGGUUAUCCAAACACUGUCCAGGGUGCACGUUUAGUUUGUUGUCCUAACACUACACAGCUGAUUGUAAUAACCAACUCAUCGUCAAUCUUUGAUUAUUUUUAAUCAGCUGUGUAGUGCUAGGACAACAAGCCAAAAUGUUGUUGCCCAAAGGGCUGAGUUUGUGAAACUCUGCUGUAGAGUUAAUUAGCCUGUUUUGCCUCAACGUCCAAUUUAAAAGAUUGUAUUUUUUAAAAACGAAGAGAAGAAUGGAGGAGGUGGUGAUUUGGUUGAUGAUUUUGUGGCAGUGGAAAUCUCUCACCCCACGUUAUUUUAUACACACAUUUUUGUCAUCCUUAAUUGAGUAGAUGCCCACUACCCACCAUGCACUGCUUCUGUAACUGUGUAUAACAGUAUGUUCUUAACUGCUAGAGGAUAUCUGUGGAAAAUAAAAGUAUGUGAAUAGUAAUCUAUAGCCUUAGUCCUCUGUUAUUCUGUGGAUUUGUUAUUGCUGCCUCCAGUAUAUAAUAGUAUAUUAUAAUGUGCUGUGGUUGGCUCAUUUGUGACCAAAAGCCAUGUUGACCUGAUUCAUGUGAUCCCAUGUAUCAGAGAAUCUUAAUUCCCUUUUAAUAAAAUAACACAAGUAUUAA